AUCAGUCAUCAUCGGUUGCGUUCGUCAGUCGCAUCUAUUUACUUUUCGUCGCUUAUCGGUUGCUUUUUCGUUUCGUCUCGGUGGCGAAAGAUUUCUGGAGGAAAUUAAAACUUAAAAUUCGAAGCUGCAACAAAAAUUAUCAUAAGUAGAUAUCCAGUGAAUAUUUAAAUUAAGUAAGGCGCCAGUAGUGGAUCAGAGUUUUAGGAUAAAGCGUGUGCCUCCAACAAAUACAGUACGGUCAUUAGAUCUCAUCCACUCGGAUCAACUUACUCCAAAUCUUCACUGUAGUUUAGUUUUCAAUUCACAACUAUUUUCAAGAAUGGCCAAGUUCGACAUGGACGAAUUCAACGAGAUUCUGGAAAAGUGCCGAGAUCAAUCGCUCCAGAAGGAACAGGACGCGAUACUGCUGGAACCGUUUGCCUACAUCCAGCAGAUACCGGGCAAGCAGUUCCGGGCGAAAAUGGCACUGGCCUUCAACCACUGGUUGAACAUACCGGAGGAGAAGUUGGCGGCCAUCGGCGAAGUGGUUCAGAUGAUGCACAAUUCCAGUUUGCUCAUCGAUGAUAUCGAAGAUAACUCUAUCCUCCGUAGAGGAAUUCCAGUAGCACACAAGAUUUACGGUAUCGCGAGUACGAUCAACGCUGGAAACUACGUCCUAGUGUUGGCACUCGCCAAGGUCCAUGGUCUGGGGCACCCCGAGGCCCAACAAGUGGUGACGGAACAGUUGCUGGAAUUGCACCGAGGUCAGGGAAUGGAAAUCUACUGGCGAGAUAAUUUCAUCUGUCCCACCGAGGCGGAGUACAAGCAGAUGGUGAUUCGAAAGACUGGCGGCCUGUUUAUGUUGGCCAUCCGGCUGAUGCAGCUGUUCAGCGACGACAAGAAAGACUUUACCAAAUUGACGGCCAUCCUGGGGUUGUCGUUCCAGAUCCGGGACGAUUACUGCAAUCUGACGUCGAAGGACUAUUCGGACAACAAGAGCUACUGCGAGGACCUGACGGAGGGCAAAUUCAGCUUUCCGGUGAUACACGCGGUGCUGAACCAGAAGGAUCGACAGGUGUUACAUAUUCUGAGGCAACGGACGCAGGACGUCGAAGUGAAACGGUAUUGCGUUUCACUUCUCGAAAAACUUGGAAGCUUUAAGUACACCGCUGAAGUAUUGGAAAUGCUGGACACCGAAGCUAGAGCAGAGAUCGAACGACUAGGUGAGAAUCCAAUUAUGCAAUCGCUGCUGGACGAUUUGCUCAGUUGGAAAACGGUUGGAAAUGGUGACUCAUCGUCGUCCUAAGCCAAUCUACAAUUCCACAAGCUCGACCCAUAACAGUAAGCGUAAGACAACAACCAUUUCCACCACACGAAGACGAUCUAUAUUCUGGAACCGAGAGCACUCUAAAUAUUUUUUUGUUAAAGUUUUUCUCUGCUGAAAUAUUGAGCACAAGCCACAUUAAAAUAGGAACGAAAGUGCACUGCAGUGAUUGCUAUUACAUCACGAGAAUAGAAUCUUAUAAAAGCGCGCGAAUCGCGUGUAGCGACAGGUGUAUAGAUUGAAGUCUCUAGCAUUUAGGAACGAAAGCAGCCGUCAGAGGCGAUAUUAUGAGUGCCCAAAAACAAAACUUUUAUCCACCAAAGGAUUUUGCAUGCGACGGACGGAGAAUUAAAAGACAUAUUGCCGGGGAGGAAGGAUUUCACUAUAGCUGUAAUUUUGUGUUCUGUCGAGAAAUGUGGGCUCUUCGAAUGAAUGCGUACUUUGUGCGAGUGAUGAAGCUCUUUGCCCAAUGAUGAUAGGUAUAUGAUACCAGCUGGGCUGGGCACUGGCAAGCCGAUCUAUUCCUCUUUAGUUUCAUUUUUAAAUUAUGUAAUUUGUAACUAUACACACUGUCAAGACAGUCAUUUGUUGGAUUUUCGAAA